UUUUCUAUUCUUAUCUUGUCCUUUUUUUCCUCGCAUUCGGAUUUUGAGCUCUUUGCUGAUUGCUUUCUUCGCGUCAGACUUGGACUAAGGUGAUGGAUGGGAGGGGAGGGUGUUGUAUCGCGAGAUACGCCACCGGGGCGUACGAUAUGUCCAAGGUUCAGAGAAUAAUGCUCAGGUUUCGCCCGAUUGCCCCGAAACCAACCGCCGGCAGUACCAACUCCGGCACUUCUUCGUCGGAGAGCAGUGACGCCUUCCACAAAGGCGGGAGGCCGAAGAGAAAGUACGUUAGAGAUGGUGGCGCCAACAACGGCAAGCGGUGCAAUAAGAGGAGAAAAUUAUCGCCGGAACAAAACGGCCCGGUUGUUACUCUUCCUCUGCUUCCAGAAAUUCCUGAUCCUAAGACUCCUCUGGCGAUAGAUCCAGUAAUACGUGCACCGAAGGGUCUCCGGAACAACGGAAACGCUCCGAUGUGGUUGAACUUCGAGAACGAGAACAUCGCGCCGGGUAAAGUAGAUCCUCCGGUGCCGUUUUGGUAUCAUGAGCAGUCGCUGAUGAAGGCUGCGGGAUCAUGCGUGACGGUUGAAUGUGUGACGGAGACGUGGGUGGAGGGGGAAGGGCUAGGAGGUACGGACGACGAGCGAACAGUGAGGCUGGGCAAGGACACGUGUCCGGCGUUUAUAUCGGACGGUUAUGGUAGGGUGACGUGGACGAACGGAGCUUACAGGAGCAUGGUGGGGCAGGGCGGUGGCAGUGAACAAGGCGUGCGAUUGGUGAUGAAGGAGAAGGCGGGGAUGGCUGUGAGAAGAGCGGUGGUUGGCUACCCAUCGUUCACGUGCAGGGUGAGGGUAGAUUACACGUGCGGGAGCAAGACAAGUUCGUUGACGGUGCCUUGUGACGUGUGGAGGAUGGACAGCGGCGGGUUUGCAUGGAGACUGGACGUCAAAGCUGCUCUGAGCUUGAGCCUGGUUCGGUAAUGAGGAGACACGCGGAAUAUAGAGUUUUAUAUAUAUAGAUAUGGAUAACAGCUCCUGACUCCAAACGGAUCGUUUCAUCUGCGAAAUCCGUCCCUCUGAGAGAAGUGUUUUCUUUAAUUAACCUGAUAUCUUAACUCUUUUUAUAAGUGUGAAUAUCUACGAGCCUAGUAGUGUGUAUGUGCUUCAUCGUUUACGCAAGUAUUGGGUUGCUGGGAGAGGUUUCUGCGUCUGACGUGAGUUUGAAUUUUCUGAGCGUUUGCUUGCCAGAAGCAUGUAAUUUUGUGUAUCCCACGUAGUAAAUGUUUUUGUGGUGUUCUUGAUAAUAUACUCUAGUUUACUGGUUAUAUAUCGCUGAUGUUUACCCUUGGAA